GAAGGCGGGAGCUAUCCAUUUAGGUUAUCUUUCAUUGUGCUUAUCCAUUCAUCUUCCCGGGCGCCAUCGACCAGCAAACAGAAAUAGAUUUGUAACGUGACCUGAUGUUGCCAAUUGCAUACGUUUGAAGGCCAUAGACACAACAAAUUAGAGCAGUGAUUGCCUACGCUGGGAGCUUAGGGCUGUGCGGCCACCGUCUCCAUCAUGGUUGAGGUCAAAGGGAACCCCGUUAAGCGCUUCGUGGUGAAGCAGUUUCUGCUGCUCGGGUUUGCCGUGGCGGUCGUAUUCGCCUUGCUUUGGCCCACGCCAGGGAACGCUUUAUACCAAUUCAAGGUGAACGGAUGGAAGCUUGUCACCACCAUCAAUAUGGCGCUAAUCUUCUUCAUCUUCGGGAUAACCCUGGAGACGUCGGAGCUAAAAAUGGCCAUGAAAGGAUACAAGGUGUUGCUCCUUGCUAUCGUUACGAUAUUGUUCGUCACCGGAAUGACGGGCUUCAUCUUCAUUAACAUGGACUUCAAGCCUAUGGAGUUUGGUUAUGGUUUGGCCAUUUUCGCUUGCGUCCCCACCUCCCUCUCCUCGGGUGUUGCGCUGGUUAUCGCGGGUUACGGCAAUGCGGCUCUGGCGCUCCUGAUGACAGUCAGCACAAACAUCAUCGGGAUCUUUAUCUCCCCGCUAGUGGUGAAGCUGAUUCUCUCCUCGGCGAUCAAAGACAUCAAGCUUAACGCCGGCGACAUGGUGGUUAAGCUAGGGGUUUCCAUCAUUAUCC